UACAUGCAUUACUUUUCUGAAAAAUCAUAAAUACUUCUUUCAUUUUUGAGCAACUUUAAUCAUAAUGAAAUUUCUUAGAUUCUGUGCUUGACUGUCCUCAGAAGAAAAAAAGGAUGACAGAUUCAUCUAGUACAUCAGUUCAGUGCCCCCAAAAAAUGAAGAAGAAGAAGAGGAUGAUGGAGGGAGCUGUUACAUCAGAUGUCAACAUGCCAAGUCAACUAUUAGAAGUUCAGAUGGAGAAAUUAAAGGUCAAAAAGGAGUUAUUGGAGGUGGAAAAGAAAAAGCUGUUGUUGCUAGAGAACAUCUUUAAAGAUUUGAAGCAAAAGAACUUUUGCUGCUCAUAUGCUACAUGUAUUGAUACAGGACUUGAGCAAUCUAUUGUAUGCUCUGUCUCUCCAACCAUAAAAGGACUAUCUGUACUAUCUGAAAUUUAAAUUAAGUAAUUAUUUUACAUCAGAAGGAGAGGAGUUAUACUGUUUUACCCUUGUGUUUUUGUGUGUCAGUCGGUACCAAAUUUUCAUCAUAGUUUUCACAGCGACUACUUAUUGCAGAUGAUUGAAAUUUUAACACUCUUUCUUUCGGCGAGACAUAGUGAAAAAUUAAUGGCAUCAUUCAAAAAAAUCUUCUCAAGAACCACUGGGCCAUGGAAAGAUGAAACUCAUGUUGAAGCAUCCACAGGUAGUGUAGAUUCAAGUUUGUUCAAAUCAUGACCCAAAGGGGUAGAGUGGGGCUACAAUGAGUAAUCAAUGUGUUGCAUAAGAAUACAUAGGUAAAAUCUUCUUCUCAUGAAUAGCAAAAUAGUGAUUGGUUAGAUUUAUACUUUUCAAUAAUUGAUUAAAUUUCUAUUUUUUUCCCUAGCUUAUGUGCUCAGAUGAGAAAUGUGACCCCUGAAUCUCUUGUUUAGCUCAUGAAACUGAAGGUUCAAGUGAGCUUUUCUGUCCACCUAUUACAUGUACCUGUAGUCUGCCCCUCAAUUUUUACAUGUACAAUAUCAUCCUGACAAUUUCAAGGGUUUGUGAUUCUCAAACUCCACACAAAUGUUUGUGUGUAGUUCGAGAAAUCACAAACCUGUGACAUUUUGAGGAUGGUACAAUAUUGACCUCUUUUAUAUGGUAAGUGUUUUUGUGGACCAUAGGCCUCUUGUUUUAUAAUUGCACCAACUACCAAUACUUUGGGGGAGGGAGGAGGGAAUAAUAAGAGACACUAUUUUUGUCUUCCUGUCAAUUAACAUUUAUUGUCCUAAUAAGCAUGUAUAUAAGCAAGAAUAUGUUUCACCUAGUUAAAAAAUAAAUAUUCCAGAAAAAUUAAUUUCCAUAAAUUCAUUAUAUUAGAGCUCAUUAUCACAUUGAUGAUUUACCAUGAA